UCUCAUGAACUGAAAAAAAAAAAUUAGUAACAGCAAUUUUCUCCAUAAUCUCUCCAUUGACCUUUGCUUCUUCUUCUUCUUCUUCAAUCAUAGUUUCUGGAUUCAAACCAUUCUCUCAUUCGUGUAUUUUUCUUUGUAACUUACAAUCUCGAUUCGAUCCAAUGGAAGAAUAAACUCUCUGAAGAUCUCAAAAAAGUAGACAGAUCGAUUGAGGUGUGAAGAUCAAAUUCGUCGGUUGUGUUAGGGUUUUGAAUCGAUCGAGAUCGGGUUUGGUUUAAUUCUCGAAAUUUUUCUAGAAGGAGGAGGGAGAUGAAGAUAGCGGCCAAUGGCCGGUUUUUCACAAUCGGAUUAGUAGCGUCAUGGUACUCGUCGAACAUCGGAGUUCUAUUGCUGAACAAGUACUUGUUCUGUGUGUCGGUGGUUUUUGGUAACAUCUCUCUUAGGUUUCUCCCUGUCUCGUUUAACCAGGCGAUCGGUGCUACGACGCCGUUUUUCACCGCCGUGUUUGCUUAUCUGAUUACGUUUAAGAGAGAAGCUUGGUUGACUUACUUCACUCUCCUGCCUGUUGUUACCGGUGUUGUCAUUGCCAGUGGGAGUGAACCAAGUUUCCAUCUGUUCGGAUUCAUUAUGUGCAUUGCAGCCACAGCUGCAAGAGCACUUAAAUCGGUUCUUCAAGGAAUUUUGCUAUCUUCCGAAGGGGAGAAGCUAAACUCCAUGAACCUUCUACUUUACAUGGCUCCCAUAGCUGUUGUGUUCCUUCUUCCUGCUACCCUUAUCAUGGAAAAAAAUGUUGUUGGCAUUACAAUCGCACUUGCCAGAGAUGAUUUUAGAAUUGUUUGGUAUCUGCUAUUCAAUUCGGCCCUCGCUUAUUUUGUUAACUUGACCAAUUUCUUAGUCACGAAACACACCAGCGCUCUGACUCUUCAGGUGCUAGGAAACGCCAAAGGUGCAGUAGCAGUGGUGGUUUCUAUCCUUAUAUUCAGAAAUCCUGUUUCGGUGACUGGAAUGUUAGGUUACUCACUCACGGUCUGUGGAGUUAUCCUCUACAGCGAAGCCAAGAAACGAAGCAAAUGAGAGAAACAUUCAUUCCAUUUGUUCAGUCCCUCAGGUAAACAAAUACAGGCAAGUUUCUUUUGCUGUGAACAGAAAACCUUACACAACAUCUUUGGUUGGAUCAAAAGCAAAGGAUGUGUAAAGCAAUACCAAAGGAUCAGAGUACCAAAAGCAAUCAUUUAGAGGACUUUCACAAAUAAGUGAUUUUUUUUUCCUUCUUUUCUUUUCCUUUUUUGUUCUCGGAUUCUCUCUACUGCUGUCGUCGUAGGUUGUUCUAAGAGUAACUUCGAUUUAGCUUUUUGUUUUUUUUUUUUGUCGAUUCUUUAUAUCUAGUUUUGUUAUAUCAACAUUUACUACACUGAUUAAUUAAUGGAAAAAGACAAAGCUUUUUUUCUUUUU